AAAAGGCUGGCAGGGGUGUAGGGCUGAUAGGCUCGCCCGGAGGAAAGCGCAUUACGUAGGCAAGCGGCUCCGCUCAACUUGCCACCUGCGCCGGGAGAGUCGCCGGGGAAGCGAGACCCUGCCGGAGCCCCUCGCCCAUCGCUGGCCACCCACCCGUCCUCCGCCAUGGACUGCUGCAAUGAGGGAGCCUGCACGAAGCUGGAUGAGGACAUCCUGGACAUCCCCUUGGACGAUCCCGACGCCAACGCGGCGGCCGCCAAGAUCCAGGCUAGUUUCCGCGGCCAUAUGACCCGCAAGAAGAUCAAAGGGGGGGAGAUCGAUCGGAAAACCAAGGACGCCGAGUGCGCCAACAGCACCCGCGGCGGCGACCUCCGCAACGGCGACUAGGGGCCGCCGGCUGCUCCCCGGACCCCCCAUCGCCGCCGAGCCCCCGCCGAGGCCCAGGACCCCCCGCUGCCCCCCGCCACCCCCUGCAUGUGCCCCCCGGGGUCCCCCCUGCCCCCGGCUGCCCCCCCCAGCCCCGGGGUCCCCCCGCCCCAAUAAAGGUCCCUGCCAGA